AACUCGUCAUACCUUUUCUGGAAACGACUUAUACAAAUUCGUGAUAUUAUUAGUAUGAUGAUAACUAAUUUAACUCUAGACAAUGAUUUGCAAACUCGGAGAGAUGUUUUGAGGCCUUUUGCUGAAGUGACAGAACUACUAGAAGAUAGCAAAUAUGCUAUGAUAAGUUUUAUGUAUAGUGCAAUUACUAUAAUCAAGCAAAGGCUUUUUUUAGCAAAUAGAACUUUAGAUAUAGAUUUUGAUUCUUCUGACGAUGUUUUUGAGAAUGAUGUUAUUUAUGAAGAUGAUGAAUCAGUAUUAUAUGAGGCUAUGGUAUAUUAUUGGAAUAUGCCUAAUGAUGAAGCAAUGUUGGCAACACUUCUAGAUCCUCGAUGCAAGCCUCUUUUCUUUAU